AUGGAACGUACGAGGAACAAAAAGCCUUCAAAGGUUAAAGAAAAGCAGAGUAGUCCUCAGUAUCAAAAAAAAGUUUUACAACAUAAUGCCAACAAAAAGUCUAACAACUACUAUAAAACGGAAGACUCGGACUCGUUGUCGAGUGUGGAGAAUGCGAGAAAAGUUGCGCCGGAGAACGCGCGACGGUCGAGCCCGGCGAAAAAUUUUUUGCACAUUCCGAAAAUCGAGCCGCCAAUGUUCAAGGCGAGCCCGUGCUCGCCGAGCACAACAUCGUCGAGCGGGCAACAUCCAAUGGCGAAUGUGCCGCCAAAAAUGGAAAUCGACACUACACAAGCUUCUCAUAGUAAAAUGGCAUCGAAAAUCAAACCAGCGGUUGAUUUGUAUGGGCUCGACGCGGAAUCGGAUAUCGAGACGGAGCCCGGGUGCACAAUAAUGAAGCAACGGGGAAAGAAGCGGCUGAAAACGAAAUCGCCGAGUGUGGAAUCGCAAGACCGAAGCUCGUCGGAGAAGGAAUCGAAAUCGCUUGUGGAGAAUGAGGAGCUAAGAGAGAAGUACACGUUCACUUUUAAAGAGCUGGCGCGGCAAAGUGAGCAGACGAAUCUCGACGAGCAACGAGAAGAAUACACUGGACUUCCUCUCGAUCCGGUUGAUCGUGAUUGCACGGCAUUUUUGCACGCGGCAAACAAGAAAAAGAAUCGCUAUGAGAAUAUUCGAUGUCUUGAUAAAUCGCGAGUUCGAUUAACGUUCAUGUCGAAAAACGAGCCGGGAAGUGAUUAUAUUCAUGCGAAUUAUGUGACUAGCCGAUAUCUCAAACAUCGAUAUAUACUAACACAGGGUCCCAAGAAAUUCACAAUUGUUGAUUUUUGGAGAAUGAUCUGGCAAGAGAAGACAACUGAAAUCGUGAUGCUUUGCAAUUUCGUUGAGCACAAUCGUGAGAAAUGCUCGGAAUAUUUUCCAAGAAAUCAUAGCACAUCGAUGAAAUUCGACAAACUUUGCUUGUCGUUCGAAGAUUCGACAACUGACAAAAGCGUAGUGACGACAAAACUGCGGCUAGAGUACAAUGGCGAGAAGCGAAUCAUCACUCACUUCCAAUGGGUCGAAUGGCCCGAUUAUCAAGUUCCUGGCUCAUCGGAAACCAUGCUUCGAUUGUUGCGCAAAAUUCGCGGCAAAAAAAUGCCGCCAGUUAUUCAUUGUGCAGCCGGCGUUGGAAGAUCCGGCACACUGAUGGCGAUUGAGAUUGCCCUAAUGGCGAUCAACAAUUUCCAUCUUGUUCCCGAUUUCAAGCAAAUUGUGACGAGCCUGCGAAUGAAUGGAAGAUGCGGUGCUGUUCAGACACUUCAGCAGUACAUGCUUAUUCGAAAAGUUGUUCUGGAUUUUGGCGCGGCACACAGAUGCGAUAGAGGAUGUCCUACAACACUCGGAAUACGAAAAAGCGGCGAAAAUGAAUUUGGCGACGAUGUUUCGAUUAGGGAACGCUCGAAGAAGACCAAUCUAGGAAUUAUAGUUUUCAAAAUAUGCCUUGGAUUAUUUUUUAUCGGAUUCGCAACAGGUUGUAUUAUCUACUCGGUUCUCACAUCUGAUGAAUAUGUUCACCCGAACAAUGGGGACUCGAUGUAUUUCCCAUACGAUUUGAGCCAAUAUUGCGAUGAAGGAACACUAACAUGGACGAACCGAACUGGAACAAGGAAUGAUUAUAACAAAAUAUCUGUUGGAAUCAGCUGGCUUCAAGAUGCUUCUAGAAAACGACUUUUCCAUCGAAUUGGUCUCGAACCGAAUGAUAAGGAUUGGAUCAACUCAUUCUAUGUCUUUAUUAAUCAUUCUUUCAUCCUUGACAAGACUGGAUGCCGACGAGACCCGACCGGAUAUGAUCAGUUCCUAGCAAAUUUGGGAUUUGAACAAAUCCGAAAGGAUCGAACGGAAGCGUUCAAAAUCAAGGACAGUUUUGUCAAAGUCAAUUAUUAUGAGGGAGAGCCGCCGCUUGACGUGAAAAUUGAGGGACGACAUCCAGCAAUUAUUCGAGCUUAUUCCUCAAUUGAAAACACUUUUGACUACGGCUGGGAAUACAUUUUCGCGUCAAAUGAUGGCUCGACAGGACUUUUCCGCAAAGAAUAUUGGCUUGCUGGAAUGAAGCCGGGAUCUGUCGAUUAUUCAGUUUUCGAGAAUAUUCCGGAUAUUUGCUAUCAAUCGCAGGAUUUUUUGGACACAAAUCGAGUUGAAGAUCAUAAAUUUGAUUAA